AUGGUAAACCCGUCCGAGCUGAAGCAGACUCUCACCCCAAUUCUCCUGGAUGACGUCCAUGCUUUAUGGUUCGAUCACCUGGAGAGCAAAGAUGCUCUUAUUCUACCGAAGAUGAGUGAUAUGGGUCGGUGGUUUACGCGUGAUCCCGAAUUUGACAAGGUCUGCGUCGCGAAAUUCCGCCCGGCUCUGGAAACAAUUGUCAACUCGGGAGCCUCCGCUUCGGAUAUUAUCGCUGCGGUGAAUCCAACUUCGCCGAUGGAUUGGAUUAACAUGAUCCUCUUGCUAGAUCAAAUGCCUCGCAACUGCUUCCGAGGAGACGAAUCAAAAAUGGUCUUUAAACACUUCGAUCCCUUGGCCGAGAAAAUUGCACUACAAGCCUUGAAAGAGGACAUUCCGACCCAGUCCCCUUACUUCCGCUAUCGCUUAACUUAUCGGACCUGGUUCCAUCUGCCACUCAUGCAUUCCGAAGAUCCGGCGGUCCAUGAGCAGGCUGUUCAGGUGCAUGCUGAUACAGCUAGGGACAUAGAGGAAUUUGUCGCGAGGGACCCGUCGACACUCUCCGAGGAAGAAAAGGAAUGUCAUGACUUUCUAUCUAACCAAGUGGAUGAUUUCAGGAAAUUUCUGAAGGUAAAUGAUGAGUUUGAGAAAAAGCACAAGGUUAUAAUUGACCAGUUUGGACGGUACCCGCAUCGAAACCAAGCACUUGGAAGGCUUUCAACCCCGGAAGAGAAUGAGUACCUGGAGAACGGCGGUGAGACUUUUACUUGA